UUACAAAUUCCCCUUGUGCGACUUAAAUUUGAAGACAAGAGGCUUACUGCGCAUACCUGUGUUCGGACUUCGGUCAACGUAAGCUUUGCAGCAGUCUAAAGUUCGGCCUUGAAGACGCCCAUAAGAUUGCGCAAACAUUCCGAGAACAUACUUGCAGCGUUCCCAGAAAAACAGAAGCAAGACCGAAUCUUGAUCGCUUUCAAUUUUUCAGGAAUUGCAUAUCGAUCCAUUUCGACCUCAGGGCGGGCGUCAUCACAAUGGCGCUUUCUAAUGCCACACAAGGAGCAAUCAUACUGUCGGCUUUCUUCCUACCGAUUCUGACAUAUAUUUACUUCACACGAAGUCCGCAACAAAAGAAUGCAGCUGGGCCUCUACCUCCACCAACCGAAAUUACCGCGCUACUCAUACACCCGAUCAAAUCAUGUCAUGGCAUCUCUGUACAGUCGGCGAAGCUAUUACCCACGGGGCUUGAUCUCGAUCGCCAAUGGAUGUGGGUAACAUAUCCUGACUAUGAAUUCCUCACUAUCCGCCAAAACUCCAGGAUGACCUUGAUCCGAACUUCCUACGACGCAAAAACAGACACCCUAACCGUUACCGCGCCGGCUCCAAACACCAUCGACGAGAAGCUAGAAUUUUCGAUUCCAGCUCACCCUUCGGAAGAUUGGCUUUCCUCAAACACCGAAUCGCAUGGAGCUAAGAUCUGGAACAAAUGGACGUCUUCAUGCGUGUACUCUACCGACCUCACUGCUCCUUUCAACAGGUUCUUUGGUAAAGAAGUUAGGCUGGUGUACAAACCGCCAUUCUCCAACGAUCCCAGGACAUUGGCCUCGAAUGGAGCAAAGCAAGUCCUAGGAAGAGAUGCCUCAACAUGUUUUCCUGAUCUCAUGCCUCUUCUUGUCGGCAACGAGAGCAGCAUCGACGAGCUCAAUACGCGCCUGAAAGCUGCAGAAAAUAUCACCAUCGACAUCCGACGCUUCCGGCCAAAUAUCAUUGUCAGGGGCGAUGCAAACGCACCCUGGGACGAAGACCGUUGGAAAACGCUCAAGAUUACGCCCAAGUCCGGUAAAGGAUCGAUUACUCUUGAUAUUACGCAACGCUGCGCGAGAUGCCAUGUUCCAAAUGUCGAUCCUGAUACAGCGGAGGAGCACAAGAGGCAACCGUGGGAUACACUCAUGAAAUAUAGGAGGAUUGAUGAGGGGAUUACGUUUAAGCCUUGUUAUGGCAUGUUGUGUGUGCCUAGGGAGACAGGCGAGUUGAAAGUUGGCAUGAAUUUCGAGGUAACGGAAGUCACAGAUAAGCAUCGAUAUAUUACCGGCUUUUGAGGGUGCUCACCUGGGAGAUGCUAGUCUUUACCUAUGGAGCAAGUCUUUCAAUUGACCUAGGACGCAACCCGCACGAAGAAUUAGUUUCCAAGUUCAUCUCUUAAAGAAUACCACAUGAAUUUAGAGUACGACAAUUUGUUUCUUGGGGCAGCUUUGGUGAACCAAACUUUCGUGCGUUAUAUGAGUCGAUCGGGCAUCGAUUCAUCCCUAUCUCACGUUCCGUUGAGAUGAAGAGCAGGUUAUCAGGAAGAAACUCGGAAGAGACAUGUAUAUUGUAACGGCUGAUUGGCAUUUACGAAAAGCCGUGAAUAUGUCUAGCUCUCCAUAUUAGAAACUGCGUGU